AUGAGCACAAUUGGACUUGCAGCAAAUUCGAGUAACGAAGGGCUAGAGGCCACGCCUGAAGCAUUAGCAGAAUACCUGCAGGAAUCUGUGGCCAAGGCGCUGAUUGAGGGCCUAGCUGCUACAAUCAAAUCCCAGCCUGAUGAUCCACCUCUGUUUCUUUCCCGAUGGCUGCUGCGCUAUGUUGAAGAGCAUGCGUCAUAUAAAGCUCCCUUGGAUGGCGCACUGACAGUGGUGACGCCAGUGGCAACAAGUGCUUGCACGAAUGUCGACACACGCGGCCUCACAGCCUCAGACAACGUAGCCUUUGAGGCCAUCCGAGCUACGGAAUGGGUGGAUGAAAAGACCGUUACUGACAUUCUAGACCAUUUAAGAGAAACGAUUGGUGCCACCGGGGUUUACUUAGCGAAGUACGAGGAACAGGUGGCCUUUAAGGAAGGAGUCACUGUGCCAGCAUUACGAUACGUCGCCGCAGACAGGACGCAUACUUUUAUGCUCAAUCACUGUCUCCCUGAGGAAGAGGGAGCCACCUGGGAGCUUCUUUCACAAGGCGAGCUCGAAAAGGGCAUAGAAGAGGGAGCCAAGUCCCCCAAAGAAGACAGCGAGGAUGAUUUGGAAGAGCGGGACGUAAAACGUUUUUUGCCUGAUGGACUAGCUAAGGGCGAUUGUAUUGCCGAUAACCAAGGAUCUCCGGACAUCCGGAAAAAGGUCCUGUUCGUCGAGGAGGUGCUGGACAACCCUCGGAUUCGAUACUUUGGACUGACACGGCCGGGAGCAUACAUAGCCGUCUUGGUGGAAUUGAGCGAGGUAGCAAAUGCUGAAUCGCUCAUGGCACUUUGCGAAUGGAUGAAACAGAGGAGAGCGCGAGAGCAGAUGAUCGUUAGAGCCCUUCGGAUGCAAACAGAAGGAACCACGGAACCAUCACCUGUGCAUCUCAGGAAAGACCAAUGCAUCUGUUAUACAGGAGGAUCCGACAGCGAUUAUUCUGAUCUAUUAGAAGAAAGAGCACCUACUGACGCUGAGGAAGAAGCGGGUGCCAUGACAGAGGCGCCUGAACCUUUGCCGCCGGUGGAACUGCACACCACCACCGCUAAAUAUAUCUUGUGUGCUGAUUCCCUAGGAGAUCAGGGAGUAUUUGGGCACCGAUCUGUCUGUUGCGUUGAAACAUACGCUGAAGAGCUAGCAAAGGCCAUUAUACGGACUCAAAGAGAGGCAUUAGAGCGACAAGCAACUGAAAAAAUCGACAGCAUUGAUUAUCAGGAUUUUAAUCUAGAACUGACUAAAUUACACCAGAACUAUUCAGAAAAGCUACAGGCGUUGCAGGAAGAACGCCAAGCUGAGGAGCUCCAAAAGCUGGAGGAAGAAAAUGCCAACGAAACAAGAGGUCUCAACAGACUAAAAGAAGUGCUUGAAGUGGCUAAGGACAACAAGGCAGGGGCGUGUAGCAUGGAGCUGCAGCAGAACGACAUGGACAAAGAUGCGAGUGCGAUGGACCAAAACAAUUUCCUGCCAAUGGGACUGGAGGAGUCUGAAGGAGAAGAGAAACAUGAUGACGAAUCUCCUGAUAUUCAUCCUAUCUCUAAGGAAUAUGUAUUGGAGGCCGCAUCAGCACUCGCUGCUCUUGAUUGUUUCAAACAGGAGGUUCUUGCUCCGUUGAAAUUGAGGUUAUUGCUUAGACGGCAUUACAUUGCAGAAUCCUCCAGCUUGGUCUCAGCAGCUGCUGCAUGCGCUCUGCUGCUCGGGCACGAUGCUAAAACUUUGAAAGAUGCUUUAUCUGAAGGAGACAGCCGCUGGAGCUGGGAUUGCUUACGCCGACUUUUUACCUCCGACUUUGCCAAUGCAAUGUUAGCCUUUGAUCCGAAGGCUCCAAGACACUACACAGAGAGCGAGAGCAGUUUGCAGUUCAUUACUAAACUACUGGACUCUCAGACUGGAAGUGAAGAUGGACAUCUUGAAUCUCCAGUGGUUAAUCUUCUCUAUUCGUGGGCAACUGUAAGAGGCAAUGAUUCCAACUGA